AUGUCUCGACACGACUUCGAGGAUGGAGGCAUGGGGGAUUUUGCGGACAGCCCUGAAGGUAUGAACAAGGGUUCGUGCCACCAGUCUACUCGAGGCGGCAUCGAGGAUGGUCAAGGUAACGCAAAGCAUGUGAAUGGGUUUGUGGAAGAGAAAAAAGCCCAGCAUGCAGAAUAUCCGCAAGGAGGACACCGGCAUGGAGAACGUCGACAUGGAGAACAUCGGCCCAAGGAACAUCGGCAAAAAGAACAUGGGCACAAGGAACAUGGGCAUGAGGAACAUCGGCAAAAAGAACAUCGGCACAAGGAGCACCGGCCGAAAGAACAUGGGCAUGAGGAGAAUGGGCCAAAAGAGCAUCGGCACAAGGAGCACCGGCCGAAGGAUCAUGGGCAUGAGGAAAAUCAGCAUAAAGAACAUCGGCACAAGGAGCACCGGCCGAAAGAACAUGAGGAGAAUGGGCCAAAAGAGCAUCAGCACAAGGAGCACCGGUCGAAGGAACAUGAGCAUGAGGAAAAUCGGCAUAAAGAACAUCGGCACAAGGAGCACCGGCCGAAAGAACAUGAGCAUGAGGAGAAUGGGCAAAAAGAACAUCGGCACAAGGAACAUGGGCGUGACGAACAGGGGCACGAUGAACAUCGAACCAAGGAACAUCGGCCCAAGGAGCCCAAGGAACACCGGCACAAGGAACAUGGGCGUGACGAAAAUGGGCACGACGAGCAUCGAACCAAGGAACACCGGCACAAGGAACACCGUCAAGGAGAGCCCAGCGACGGGAAACACCAACAUAAGGAGCGAGAUAAAGGACACCAAAAGACAGAGGACGCAAUGACAAAGUUCAGCAAAAAGCUGUAUAAAUCUGCUCUCACCCAUUUCCGCGAAAACAGCGGAUCGUCCUACCCGUGCACGCAGAGCGAGAUUGACUUCCACCACCAUGGCGUGUUCGAAAAACCAAACAAAGGCCCCUUCGUGACUGCCAUUCAAGCAACAGAAGAAGUCAUGCGCUGGAACGACGCGAAGAGAGCACCCCCCCGAGAGGAACUGGCUAUCAUCCGGAAGCUAGCCAUCGCCGUUCACGACGCCGAAAAAAACCUCCUCUUCGGUCCCGACCUCGCGAUCAAGGCUUUCGCGGACCUCGAUCGUGUCUUCUUCGGCGGACGACUCCGGGGUCACGUCGCGGUGCAGUGGGUCAAGAGCGUGAAUCCGGAUGGGAGGGUGGGAGAAGCGGCACACUGCAAGACGGGACAAUGCCACAUCAGGUUGAGCGCGGGGGAAAUCUUCACGAGGAAGUGGCGCGAGAUCGGUAAGAACCCCGUGGCGAUCACGUUCGGCACCUUGCUGCAUGAGAUGUGCCACGCUUAUGAUAUGUUCUUGCCGAAAGAGGGCCUAGAAGGGAAGUUCGAGUUGGGGAGCGCGUAA